GUGCUAACUAGAGGGUGGCCCGCUUGGAGGCGGCGUAAUCAGUUUGCCUCGGCAUUGAGUCUCCCAAAUCCUAUCACCCUUGUCUAAUCAUUCGCGCAAUUUGCUACAAGCAACUGUACCCGCAUGAUUUGUCGUUACUGAUAAGCAUAUAAGACCCAUACCCAAAAAAGACGGGCACUUGGAGCAGAAGAAGAGUGAAAAUGCAACGCCGUGCAGCACUUACCGGCAUCAGCUAUAUGCGUCGCUGCUCAACGUUUACUGGGUUGCGUUAUAACUUGCUUCCUGAGCAUCAACUUCCGCCUUGGACUCAGCAUAAGGUAGCACCUCCGUCUAAUAAAAGGAGCUUUUCCAGUUCGCCCUUUUGGUGUAAGAAGAAGGACAAGACGAAAACUACAUCUGCUGCAGAUUCUGGGAAGCCGUUGCCAAAAGCAGGCGCAGGCUCCGAAGACCCGCAUGAUUUUUCACAGCUGCAUGACGGCAUAGCGGCUGCCCUGUCUCGACUCAGAGACGAACUCUCUAAGAUGCGUGUCGGGGGGAGGUUCAAUACCGUAUCAAUUGAGAGUCUUCGUGUGCAGCUGAGCAAGAGCAGCAAGCAAUCGAUCAAGCUGGGCGACCUUGCUCAAGUUGUUCCUAAGGGUGGACGAAUGGUGACUAUCUUGGCCUCUGACGAAGAUCAUGUGAAGCCCAUUCGCUCGUCAAUAGUCUCCUCCAACUUGUCGUUAACCCCGCAAGCCGACCCUCACAACUCCCUUCAGCUCAAUGUCACGAUCCCCCCACCGACUAAAGAGUCCCGGGAUCAAACGAUCGCUAUGGCAAAGGCGGCAAUGGAGAAAGCUGCCGGUGCCGUCCGUGAUUCACGCAGCGCUGUGCAUAAACGUCUUCAGGAUCUGCAGAAAAAGAAGAUUGCCAGGCCAGAUGACGUUCGGAAGGCCCAGGAACAGAUGGAAAAGCUUGCAGAGAAAGGGCAGAAGGAGGUGAAGGAACUGUUUGAGACUACAAGGAAGGCUAUGGAGCGGGCGUAAUGAGGAAUCACGCUGCUGAAAGUCCAGCUUUGAAUGAACUCAAAGCGUGAUAUGAGUACGAGUUCUGUAUCUGAUAUUUAGAGAUUCAUUGUAUUCUACAGUCACUUAUAAUGCAUAAAUGUGAACGAGACAGAUAACAA